GGCUGUGUUCAGUUACGAGGCUCAACAGGAAAGCCAGCUAUGCACCAGCGUGAGUACAGAGAGCGUUAAGAUCUCUGUAUUGCACAGUCGCCACGAGAGAGAGAGCAGACCCUCACCCUAUGUCGGGGGUUAGAUCUGUACCCAGGUGCCAGUGGUGACACACAUAUGUUCAUAACUAUUCAGAUCUGUGCACAGACGCUUUGUAUACCCUACGGAUCGAAAAGUGAGGGUAUCUCUGUGGGUGACACGGGAGCAGCGAUGGAAUAUCUAAAGACAUUACUCGCAUCAGAGGCAUUUUGCAAAUGGAAUUAGAGACCAGCCCAGCUCUGCCGCAGUGAAACGGCUGCCAAGAUGGAUAAAGAUGAAGAAGAGAAGAUGUCUGAGAAGAAAGGUCCGGUCUGUUUGAUCAAGAACUCAGGCUAUGGAAACCUGCAGGUGAAUGAUGAGGCGUUGAAGAUCCUCUCACAGAUAAACCAGCCUGUUGUGGUUGUGGCAAUAAUCGGACUGUACCGCACGAGAAAGUCUUAUCCGAUGAACAACUUGGCUGGAAAACAGAGAGGACAAUCAGGCUUCUGUCUCGGAUCAACUGUUCAGUUGGAGACCAAAGGAAUUUGGAUGUGGUGCAUGCCUCACCCUGGGAACGACAAGCAAUGCCUGGUGCUGCUGGACACUGAGGGUCUGGGCGACUUUGAGAAUGGCGAUGGCCAGAAUGACGGAUGGAUUUCAGCCUUGGCUCUGCUCUUGAGCAGCACGCUGAUCUACAACAGCACAGGAACCAUCAACCAGUGGUCCAUCGAGAAACUGCACUACUUCAUCGAAUUGACCGAGCUCAUUAAAGGCAAGUCGUCAAAUGGGAAGUAUGAUCCCUCCCAGUAUGACAACGUCCUCGCCGGCUUCGUGUGGACAGUUAUGGACCUCACUUUGAAACUGGAAAUAAAUGGGACUCCCGUGACUGCGGAUGAAUAUUUGGAGUACGUUCUGAGAUUGAAACCGGAUGUGAGCAAGAGAAACAUCGAGCACAACCUUCCAAGAGAACGCAUCAUGAGUUUCUUCCACAAGCGAAAAUGUUUUGUGAAGAAUCCUGUCUUUAAGAAGUUCACCAGGACGUUUGCUGAUUAUAUAUACAGGAAGGCACAGACAAAGAGAGACACACACGGCCGUGAAGUGACUGGGAAAAUGUUGGCUCCGAUGGUGACCACCUAUGUGACGAUGAUCUGCAGUGGGCGGGUGCCGUGUCUUGAGAAUGCAGUAACAACAAUGUCUAAGAUUGAAAACACGGCUGCAGUGAGGGAAGCAUUGGACUUUUACAAGGAAGCGAUGAAUGAAGUGAAGCCACCGAUACAAUCUGUGGAUGCGUUAUUCACAGUGCACGAGCGGUGCCGGUCUGAAGCUCUCCAGGUGUUUCUGAAACGAAGUUUCAAGGAUGAAGGUGACAAGUAUCAGGCGGAGCUAGAGAGAAAUAUGGCCACGCUGUAUGAGAUUUUCCAGAAAAAUUUUGAGCUUUCUGAACGUGAUCUGCCGGAGCUGCUUGAGCCCAUAGAGAAAAGAAUGAGGGGAGGAGCAUUCGACAGACCGGGAGGAUAUGCUGAGUUUGAGAAUGAUAAGGAUGCAAUGAUCAGCAAAUAUCACAAGAAUCCUGGAAAAGGACUCCAGGCAAAAGACACUCACCACGAGUUCCCGAAAAACAAGGAGCAGCAUCAGAUUGUCCAGCAAACUUCCAUCACUUUGUCUGGGAAAGAAACGGCGCUCAGAGCCGAACCCAAGAAACCAGAACUGAUGAAGGAAGCUAGGGAAGAGGAAUCUAUUGCUCACCAGCUACUGACUGCAGAGCAGCGUUUGAGAGAGGAAAAGAUCCAACAUUUGGAAAUGUCUCUAGACGAACAGAAUAAGAAGAGAGUGGAGGAGCAGAAAGCAUCGGCAAUUGAAUUACAGGAGCAGCAACGUUUACUGAGAGCAGAGAAGGAUAAGACUGCAGCGAUGCAGCAGCAGAUGGAAGACCUGUACAUAGCAAUCAAGGUAUCGUCUGAACAGAUUGAGGAGCUACACAAAUCCACGGCUAAUAAACUGCAGGAGCAGGAAGAUUCACUGAGAAAAGAGUUCCAGAAGGAAGUUGCAGAAUUGCAGAAUCAGAAGAAAGCUCAACUCAAGAGAAUAGAACUGAUGGAGAGCGCGAGGAAGGAGGAUUCUCAGGCUUACCAACAGUUUAUUCAGGAGAAGCGUCUGAGUGAGGAAAAUAUCCGUCUCCUGGGAGUGGCUCCGGAGGAUGAGACGGAGAAGUUGCUGGAAGACAAGGGAGCCAUGGAUCGUAGACUGCAGAAGCAACAGCGUUCUCAGAGUCAAGAGUUCCAGGAGAAUUCCGCAGGAAAGGAGUUUCAGAUUAAAGCCCUACAGGAAAGGAUCAACCUGCUGGUGAGACAGAGCAAGGAUGAUUCUGAGGUCCACCAACAGCUGAUUGAGGAGAAGCGUCUGAGAGAAGAAAAGAUCCGACACUUGGAAGUGACACUGGAUGAAGAAAGGAAGAAUUCACGGGAGAACCAUGAAGCAAUGGCUGGCAAACUGCAGGAACAAAAACGUUCAUUGAGACAAGAGUUCCAAGAGAAGUCUGCGGCAAUGCAACAGGAAAUCAGAGCCCUACAGGAAAGGAUCAACCAGCUGGUGAGACAGAGCGAAGAUGAUUCUGAGGUCCACCAACAGCUGAAUGAGGAGAAGCGUCUGAGAGAAGAAAAGAUCCGACACUUGGAAGUGACUCUGGAGGAAGAGAGGAGGAAUUCACUGGAGAACCAUGAUGCCAUGGCUCGUAAACUACAGGAACAAAAACGUUUAUUGAGACAAGAGUUCCAAGACAAGUCUGCGGCAAUGAAGCAGGAAAUCAAAGCCCUACAGGAAAGGAUCAACCAGCUGGUGAGACAGAGCGAGGAUGGUUCUCAGGUCCACCAACAGCUGAAUGAGGAGAAGCGUCUGAGAGAAGAAAAGAUCCGACAGUUGGAAGUGACUCUGGAGGAAGAGACGAGGAAUUCACGGGAGAACCAUGAUGCCAUGGCUCAUAAACUACAGGAACAAAAACGUUUAUUGAGACAAGAGUUCCAAGAGAAGUCUGCGGCAAUGAAGCAGGAAAUCAAAGACCUACAGGAAGGGAUCAGCCUGCUGGUGAGACAGAGCGAGGAAGAUACUGAGAUCCACGAACAGAUGAUUGAGGAGAAACGUGUAAGAGAAGAAAAGAUCCGACACUUGGUGUUGGCUCUGGAGGAAGAAAGGAGAAAAUCGAAGGAGGACCAUGAAGCCAUGGCUCUAAAACUGCAUGAGCAACAAUGUUCAUUUGAUCAAGAGUUCCAGCAGAAGUCUGCAGCGAUGGAGCAAGAAAUCAGAGGCGAACGUGAGGAAGUGGAGAGACUGAAGAGGAUGGAAAUCCGGCAUCGUCAUGAGUUGAUGAGAGUGCAGAAUCGUCAUAGGGCAGCCAACAUUGAAAAAAUCAUUGCCAACGAGGCGAAAGACAGGAUGAGGUCACGAGACAUGAACGUCAAUGGUCUGAUACAUCUGGAGAGGAAUUGUAUGCCUGGAAUAUGGGUUCAAGUGAUGGGAUACUUACGGCUUUUCAUCAUUGCCCGGCUACUGGGGGCCCUGACUGUCUCUGCAUUCCACAUUUUUACUCAAGGUCCACGAGUACCUCUGAAGUUACAGGGACUGAAGAAGCUCACAGUGACUGAUGUGACACUGGUGCUGACGGUAUAA